GUAGAUAAACCCUAAAGCCCUAUCUAAGAGUAUCAUUCAAACAAUUCAACAUCUAAAGGACUAAAAUUGAGACUGAGGCCAAUCAAUCAGGUAAUUCUUCUUCUUAUAUCUCGGUUCUCUAAUUCUUUUUUACAUUCACUUGCCGAAAAUGGAGCCCAAGCUUUUACUUUCUUCUUCGAAAGCCACUGCAUAUACAUCUUUACCUUUUUUUGUGUCCUACAAAUCUUCUUUUCUUGAGAAGCCUCAACUUGGUUGUAAAUCACAUCUCUCACUUACAACAGUACAAGCAGAAAAGUCUGAGUUUCUGGGCAAACGUCUGGUCUUGCCAGAUAAAAUUGGUUAUUUGGGUAAUAUGAGAAAAGUCCAUGUCCCUUUUGAACCAGUAAGAGCUGCUGUGAAGAGAAGGAAAGAGCUUCCCUUUGACAAUGUAAUUCAAAGGGACAAGAAGCUCAAAUUGGUGUUAAAGAUUAGGAAGAUUCUAGUGAGUCAGCCUGAUCGAAUUAUGUCACUUAGGCAAUUGGGUAAGUUCAGAAGAGAUUUAGGUCUCACAAAAAAACGUAGAUUUAUUGCUUUAUUGCGGAAGUUCCCAGCAAUAUUUCAAAUUGUAGAAGAAGGAGUAUUUUCGUUAAGGUUCAAAUUGACACCUGAAGCCGAAAGGCUCUACUUGGAGGAAUUAAAGGUUAGGAACGAAAUGGAAGAUUUGUUGGUCACGAAAUUAAGGAAAUUGUUGAUGAUGUCCUUAGACAAGCGGAUUUUGUUGGAGAAAAUUGCUCAUUUGAGGACUGAUUUUGGGUUACCUUUUGAAUUUCGUGACACUAUUUGUCAUAGAUACCCCCAGUAUUUUCGUGUUGUUGCAACUGGAAGAGGUCCUGCAUUGGAAUUAACUGAUUGGGAUCCCAAGCUUGCUGUAUCGGCAGCUGAGUUAGCUGAGGAGGAAAAUCGUGCUAGAGAGUUGAAAGAAAAAAAUUUGAUUAUUGAUAGACCACUUAAGUUCAAUAGGGUUAAGCUUCCAAAGGGUCUUAAUCUUUCUAAGGGUGAAAUGCGAAAGAUUUCUCAGUUUAGGGAUAUGCCUUAUAUAUCCCCUUAUUCGGAUUUUUCAGAAUUGAAAUCAGGUACACGAGAGAAGGAAAAGCAUGCUUGUGGGGUUGUGCAUGAGAUUUUGAGCCUGACUGUUGAGAAGAGAACUCUUGUGGAUCACCUCACUCAUUUUCGAGAGGAGUUUAGAUUCUCUCAGCAACUGAGGGGGAUGCUGAUAAGGCAUCCUGAUUUGUUCUAUGUGUCCUUGAAAGGUGAUAGGGACUCAGUUUUCCUCAGGGAAGGUUAUCGUGAUUCUCAAUUGAUAGAUAAGGAUCGACUGUUGGUUAUCAAAGAGAAAUUCCGUGCGCUUGUCUCUGUUCCUAGAUUCCCACGGAGAAAUGCUCCCAGGAAAGAUGAUGGUAGUGCUGAUGAGCCAGAAGAUCGAAGUGAGGAGGAUGGAGAGGGAUGGUCGGAUAUUGAUGAUUAUAUGACUGAUGGGCAGUUUGAUGAUGAUGACGACAAUGAAGAAGAAGAUGAUGAGUAUGGGGAUGAUUGGAGCGAUGAAGAUGAUGAUACACCGCCAGAUUUUGGUGAAGAUGAUGGAACUGUGAAGAUUGGAGUGAGUAAAUCAGUUAAACAGGUAGAUAGCUCCACGAAGAAUGAAGAGAAAGUGCGAGCCCUUGUGCUUCCUGAUGGUAGGCCAAGAGAGCGCUGGUAAAAGGAUGCAAAUUUCUCCAUGGACUGCAGGUCUUAAUCUGUGACACUGGGCCGAAACUCAUCAUUUGCUUCAAAAUGUAAAGCCUGAAACUUGUUCUGCAAUUUAAAGGAUCCGGCUGUCAGGGGUGAACUGCUUGCCAAAGGGAAGGGAAUCAUCAUGUAUCAUGUUUCUGAUUUAUAACAAUUAUUGCCUUUCGUUAAUAUAAUGAGAUAUCAAAAUGUUAGUGGA